CAAUGCACAGACGAAUGCAGCAGGCUGCAGAACAGCUAGGCGGCUGCCAUGUAAACGAGCUGUAGAGGUAUCUACUUUCAUCUUAGCUCUGCAGCUUCUAAGCGGUGUCUGAUUCUUCGUUGUGCAGUAGAUAAAGCGUACUGAUGUACUACGCCCGGAGAACUUUCCUCAGCUGAUGUAAAGAUGCCCGCCAGGUUGAGUCCGAUUUCGCAGUUCCCCCCUCCUUUGGGAAGGCUUUGCAACCAAUUCAUGGCUUCGUUAGUCUGAGCAGCAUCCUUGCUAUUGCGGUCUUCAUACAACUAACUUAAUGCAAAGGCAAGGGGGCUCGCUAUCUACGUUGGGCUUCACUCCCUGACAUCCUUACAAUGCUGGGUUGUACUUCACGUGCAGCUUGCACAUUUUCCCCAGGUUUAGCACUCUGGCACAACUCACAAAUCAGACAGCAUCAUAGUGCAGAAUGUGCGCCUAGCAUUAAAGAGGUCGACCAGCUUGCUCACAGAUGUGGUGGUGGUAAUUUUCUAGGACAGAGUGUCAAGUCUACAAAGGCGGCCAAGUGCACGACAGAAGGAAGUUCAAGUUGGAGUACAGGUCAAAGUAUCUCAAGGCAGAACAGGAAGGGGUGUAGGAACGGCGGUGCAACUGUCUGUUGCAAUGGCCCCCUCUCCGUGGUUGAGGGAAGGGCUGCCGGGCCGGAAGCGGGCGAAAUUGAAGAUCUGAAGGAUGCGCUGAUGUCAACAAAGGACCGGACCAUGAAACAAAAGUUCAUGACCCGCUGGUAUGAGGUGGGGGCAAACGGGAAAGCCAGAAUGGAGACAAUUGCAAACUACAUGCAGGAGAUUGGGGCGAAUCACGUCAACACACUUUACACGUCUAGUGAUGGACUCGCCACAAGUCCGCUGAUGAAGAAACAUGGUCUGGUGUGGGUGAUCACGAAGAUGCAUAUAGAGAUGGACUCAUAUCCCAGCUGGGGCGAUGUCGUGUUGGUCGAGAGCUGGACGGAGCCUGUUGGGAAAAACGGGGGCCGAAGAGACUGGACCUUCUCGAACAGCCAAACAGGCGAGGAGUUGGGGCGCGCCACUAGCCUGUGGGUCAUGAUGAACCUAGACACCCGGAGGCUGGCCCGCAUACCAGAGGACGUGCGCAACGAAUACGCAUCCUUCUGUCCGGAAGUACCGAGGUUUGCCAUCGCGGAUCAGGCGAGCAUCAGCCAGCGGCUGCCGCAGGGAGAGGGGCCCCCGACUCGCUCCGCAAAAGACCUUCAGGCCCGCUUCUGCGACCUGGACCUGCACCACCACAUCAACAACGUCACCUACACCAGCUGGUUCCUCGAAGCUAUCGACCGCAACCUUUGGCAGACGCACGACCUGUACUCCAUCACCAUCGAGUUUCGGCGGGAGUGCACGGGGGAGGAUCUGGUGGAGAGCAUGCUACAUGCUAAGGAGACUGGCGCUAACCAAAACGGCCAUGCGAAGCUGCACGAGGGCGAGCUUACGUUCUUGCAUUCGCUGUGCUUGCAAGAGUCGAGGAAGGAACUAGCACGGGGGCAAACCCGGUGGCGAAAACGGAAAGAAGGGACGGAAAUCUGGACGGAGCGAGAAGCUACGAGUACGGAAGGAAACUAGAUCUGGACGGUUUUGUAGAGCAAGACGUUGCAGCCACGGCUUUAUUUUGCAAGCAACUGAGCUAGAAGGCUUCUUCUAUACGUUCUUCUGAGUUUGAUGAUGCUACCCGUGGCAGUUUGAAGUCAGAUGCACUUGUUGGAACGCGCGCCGUGAUGUGCUGCCGUUGUGCUCCCCCUUGAGAUGAUGUGACCG